CCGGGCUGGGAGGAAGCGGCGGGGGGCAGUGUGAGGGAACGGGGAGACUGGGGGAACCGGGUUGUUCGGCGGCGGAACGAGUUCGGGGAGGACUGAGGGGACAAACCCGGGGGUCCCGCUGUGCCCGGCACAGGCUGCUCCCAACCCUGCGCCCCCCGCUGUGACCCGGGCUGUCCCCACCAGCUGGGGUCCCCCGAUCCCCGCGUGCCCCUCGGCUCCUCCCGGUCCCCUCCGCGCCCUCUCUUGUCCUCCCGGUGCCUCCCGCCCCUCGGCUCCGCCCAUCCCGGUGUCCCCGCCCCCGGUGUUCCCGCCCCCGCCGCGGCGGGCAGGACCGUGCGGGCUGCGGGCUGGCACCGGGCCCGCCCAGCACCGGACCGGCACCGGACCGGCACCGGCACCGGCAUCAGCCCCGAGCCCGGCCCAUGGCGGCUCCAGCAGCCGUCGCCGCCGCAGGCAGCCGGUGAGCCCAGGCCGGAGCGGGCGGUGUGGCUGGGGACACUGCUGGUGACACGGCCGGCGGCACGGCGGGACCAUGCAGGCGGAAGCCAGAGGGGAAUUCUGCAGCCGGGACCAGCGCCCUGAGCUUGGCAAGGAGCCACUGGUCCCGGAGCGCCCUGCAGGGACCCCGACCCACGGGCCGGCCCAGGAGACCCCCCGAGUCCCCGCGGAGGAGCAGGGUGGCAUCCCCAUCCCCAGCGCCGGCCUGCUGCAGGUCACUGAGCGCCGACAGCCCCUGAGCAGCGUGUCUUCGCUGGAGGUGCACUUCGACCUGCUGGACCUGACGGAGUUGACGGAUAUGUCGGACCAGGAGCUUGCCGAGGUCUUCGCCGACUCCGACGAGGAGAACGUGGCCGGAGAGACGGCCGGCGGGCUGCAGCCGCCGGCGGUGCCGCGGGCCGGGUACCUGCGCUCGCCCUCCUGGACCCGCGCGCGGGAGCAGGGCCGGGACAAGAAGCACUUGAGUGACCCCGAGCUGCCGCCGGGACCCCCGGACGCCUUCCUGCCCGCCGAGCGCCCGCGGGAGCCGUAGGGACAAAACCCGCCGGGGGACACCGGGACAGGCCGGUGCUGCUCCCGUCGGUACUGAUGGAGCCCGUCCCCGGGCGCAGGACUCCCGUUAGCCCGCCCGGAGGGCAGAGGCGGCCCCAGCCCCGCGGCGGGGACGUACCGGGGCUGCCCUCAGCCGGUGGCCCGCGGCCCCGGGGGAAAACCGGGCCGGCCCCGCCGGCCCCCGGGAGCGGCACGGCCUCGGUUGCCGGGAGCGGCGGGUGGGGCAGGACGGGACGGGUCGCACGGCUGAGCGCGGUCGAUGCUGGUGCCCGCCCGGUUCUGAUGUAGCAGUGCUGUGAUCCGGUAAAACCGACCGACCGAUCCAC